AUUAUGCGGGCCACAUAGUGGGGAGCCGUACAGUAUAUCGGUCGCACCACGCUAGCUCACGAGUGUACACGUUGUGUGCUGCAUUAGAUAACUCGCUUUGACUUUGACAGAGGUUAUUAAAGUCACUAGCGUUAACAAAACAUGGCAUUUAACCCUAAUGAGCAUCAGCAUCUACGCUACAACCCUUUAAAGGGUGAAUGGGUAUUAGUCUCGCCACAUCGGGCCCUUCGGCCAUGGAGCGGCCAAGUUGAACAAGCGCCCGUCGAAGUAGUACCAGAAUUUGAUCCAAACAAUCCCUUGUGCCCUGGAGUAAAACGUGGUUCUGGAAUAGUAACUCCUCAGUACCAAUCUACGUACGUUUUUACUAAUGACUUCCCUUCGCUUCUAGAAGAAGGUCCCGAACCCUCAGACAAUAAAGACCCCUUGUUUCAAGUACAAGCUGCGAAAGGUACUUGUCGAGUGAUUUGUUAUCAUCCACGAUCCAAUGUUUAUUUCACAUCAAUGUCAUUGACUGAAGUGAUCGCGAUAAUAGACGAAUGGAUAAAACAAACUCAAGAAUUAGGAAAAAAAUAUGUCUGGGUACAAGUUUUUGAAAAUCGAGGAGCGAUAAUGGGUUGUUCAAAUCCUCAUCCUCAUUGUCAAAUCUGGGCAUCGAAUUUUAUGCCCAAUGACGGCCAUUUAGAAGAACAACAUCAAAAAGAAUAUUUUGAAAAGUACGGUCGACCGUUGCUACAAGAUUAUGUUAAACGAGAAUUAGAAAAAAAAGAGAGAAUUGUAUAUGAAAAUAAGGAGUGGUUAAUCGUGGUGCCUUACUGGGCCGUUUGGCCUUACGAAACUAUGGUGUUACCAAAACGGCAAGUUCAGAGAUUUAUGGAUUUAGACAAAGCACAAAAAGAAACUCUUGCUAAAGCAUUACAAGUCAUUGUUGCAAAGUACGACAAUGUUUUCAAAUGUAACUUUCCGUAUUCUAUGGGUUGGCACGGAGCGCCAACCGGAAACAGAGUUAAUGAAUCGAUUCCGUACUGGACGUUCCACGGACAUUAUUAUCCACCACUUUUGAGGUCCGCUACGGUUAAGAAAUUUAUGGUUGGUUAUGAAAUGCUGGCCCAGAAUCAAAGAGACAUAACACCAGAAAGUGCGGCUUCUGUUGUCAGACAGCAAUCAGAUACGAGAUUUUCAAACGAAAAAUAGCGAAACUAACGAUGUCAUAAGUUUGAAAAAGAAAAUACUUUGACAAAA